CUGAAACCACUCGAGAGUGAAAGAGAAAGAGAAAGAGAGACAGAACAACACUGAAAAAACACAGAAACGAAGAAAGGUGAACGAAGAAGAAGAAAACCCUAGCUUCUCUUGCAAGUCGCAAAUUCAAUUUCAUCGAGUUCGUGUUAGCAGAUUGUGAUUUGAUUGUUGAAGUUGUCAUGGGAGUUUAUGACCAAGCUUUGGUGGAUUCCUCAAGAAAGAGGAAGAGCAGGAGUAGGCGAGAUGGGCCUCAAUCUGUGGCGGAGAAAUUAGCGAAGUGGAAGGAGUACAAUGAGAGUCUUUACUCAGGUAAGGUUGAAGGUAAACCGAAGCGAAAAGCGCCUGCGAAGGGUUCAAAGAAAGGGUGUAUGAAAGGUAAAGGAGGGCCUGAAAACUAUCAGUGUAACUACAGGGGUGUGAGGCAGAGGACAUGGGGGAAGUGGGUUGGUGAGAUUAGGGAGCCUAAUAGAGGGAGCAGGCUUUGGUUAGGUACUUUUCCUACUGCACAGGAAGCUGCUCUUGCUUAUGAUGAAGCUGCUAGGGUCAUGUAUGGUCCUUGCGCCCGCCUCAAUUUUCCUCACAUCGCGGAUUAUAGUUCUAUCAGAGAGUCAUUGAAGGGGUCUUCAUUGGCUGCUGGUGGUGUAAGCUGUUCUUGUUCCUCCGCAGCUACGCCGGCUACCUCUGAUACGACUACUGUAUCUAAUCGGUCUGAGGUUUGUGCGGCGGAGGAUGUUAAGGUGAAACCUCGAGGUUUAAGUAUGAAUGGAACUGUCAGCGGUUGUCAUAAUAGGGAUUAUGAACAUACCUCACCAACUAGUAAGAUGAAGCAAGAGCCUAAGGAUGAGCCGGCGGACCCGAUAGAACAUAGGGCUGUGGAAAUUCAAGAUGUCAAGCCAUUGGGAGUACAAUGUGCGGGGUUGGUUGCCGAGGAUGUAAAUAAAGAUAAGAUGGAUUUGUCAUGGAUUGAUAACUUUGAUUUAAGUAAUGGUGAUUACAUGAACAGCUACUCCAUGGAUGAGUUUUUUCGAGUGGAUGAACUUUUGGGGCAUAUGGACAACGAUCCAAUUGAUGGUUCUGGGUUGAUGCAAGGUUUGGAUUUUGGACUGGAUUUUACUGGAGAUAGUAAUCCUCAGGUGGAGACGCCUUCGAGCUUCUUCUAUCAACUGCAGAAUCCAGAUGCCAAGCUGCUGGGAAGUUUGCCUCAUAUGGAUCAGAUACCAUCUGAUGUUGACUAUGGGUUAGACUUCUUGAAAACUGAAGAGCCAGGGAACUAUAAUGGUGGAGGAGCGGAAGAGCCACAGUUUUUUAAUUUGGAUUAUGAUGUGAACCCUGCUUCUAAGGGAAUGCAAGAAAAGAACUAGAGUAGAGAAGGCUUCAUCCACAAGUCUUGCUAGAGAGGAUAUGCUUUACUUUGUCAACUGGCUCAAGGCUUUUAAUCUGUGUCCUGGGUUUGGUUCCUUUAGGUAUAGGUGCAUAAAAAAAUACAACAGUUGUCUCUUUCUUAAGUUCUUUUGGUUUAUGCUAAUUCUCUAUAUGUUUUUUUUUAGAAAAAGGGAGAAUUUAGCUGACAACAUUUGUUAAUUUUUUCUUUCAAGUUACUGUUUUCUGGGUCCAAACUGUAUAGUCGUUUGUAGAUCUAAUACAGCAAUUUUGAGCACUGAUCUUGACAAAAGUUUCUUGUUAUAUAUGAGGAAAAACUAGUAUACCAAUAAUUGCUGACA